AUGGCCUUCCUCGGGGAGGACUUCCACAUCAUCGUCCCGUCCCCCCAGACCACGGAGGUGCUGUUCAGGCGCAGGUGGGCCGCGGAGGGGUCGGAGCAGGUUCUGAUGCGGGAGGGCCAGGUGCUGAGUCCCCGGGUGCAGCUGGUCCACCGGAACCGCCUGCAGGUGCUGCGUGUGGGGCAGAGCGACGCUGGGACCUACAUCAUCAAGUACAGCGACGAGCCCGAAGACGUCAAGCACAUCAUCCUCUCCGUCCAAGACUGCUUCAUCGACGAGAAUGUGAAAUACGGAGACAGCUUCAGCAUUCCCCUGAAGAACCUCUCGGGCCCCAUAUCCCUGGAGUUCCGGCCCCACGCCGAGUCCAACGUGACCGCGAGCCCCAUGGUGCUGAUCUUCGACCGCAGCCGGACCGCCGCGGGCGAGUACGCCGCCCGGACGACCGCGCAGGAGGCCAGGGUCACCCUGAACACCGUGACCUCCGCCGACCGGGGCAGCUACACGGUCCUGGACUCCGAGCGCAGCGUGGUGCAGAAAGUGUGCCUCAACGUGAAAGCGCACCAGAACUUUGUCAAGCUGCCCUACAGUGGCACACUGAAGAUCAACCUGCUCCUGAACGUCACCAGGGUGAAGGUGCUGUACAUUCCGAACAAGGACUUCAGAGGCAGGGUGAUUCUGGACCAGGGGGAGCUGGCGUUUCCCGCGGACCUCGACCUGGAGGGAAGGCUCUCCCUGGAUGGGCCCAUGCUCAUCCUGGAGCGGGUUCGAGGGGGCGACGUGGGCACCUUCAGCGUGGUCGACCUCCAGGGCUUCACCGUGUCCGACGUCCACCUGGACGAGGUGGAAGGGUUUAAGCUUCCCCCCCUGGUCGUGGCGGUGAUCUCGCUGCUCUCCCUGCUGGUCUUGCUGCUCUUCGUGUGCCUGGUGUCCUGCCUGGUGAAGGUGCAUCGCCGGGCGGUGAAGGCCAGGGCCGUCGAGAAGAUCGCCCAGAACGCUGGCAAAGACGAGGGCGACACCUUCAGACAGGUGGUUCAAGAUGCCUACACUCGAUUCAACGAGGAGUCCACGACACAGUCUCAGUGUGACAGCACCACUACGAAGACGGAGGUGGACAUUAAGGGUCUGGAGGUGUCCAAGAACCUUCUGGAAAUGAGUGACUCUGGGGUGGAGUUCAAUGCCCCAGGUCUACCACUGGACAGUGACACGGACGUGCCCCCCGCCUACACGUCCCCAAAACUCCCACUGGAGUCUGAGCUCCAAAACAGCACUGUGGUUCCCGAAUCGAUGCCAACCGUUAACCAAACACCAGACGCCAAGCCAACCGUUAACCAGAUACCAGACUCCAAGCCACCCGUUAACCAGACACCGGACUCCAAGCCUAGUACUGACAAAACUCUAGAUCCCAAGCCAAGUACGGACAAAACUCCUGAUGCCAAGCCUAGUACGGACAAAACUCCUGAUCCCAAGCCUAGUACGGACAAAACUCCUGAUCCCAAGCCAAGUAUGGACAAAACUCCUGAUCCCAAGCCUAGUACGGACAAAACUCCUGAUCCCAAGCCAAGUUCGGACAAAACUCCUGAUCCCCAGCCAAGUACCGACCAGACCCUUGCCAUCAACCUUGGUGUGAACGGAACCACUGGCGGCGAUUCCAAGCUUAGCAACAGCGCAACUCCGGAGCCCGUCGCUAAGGCGGCUCCUGAAGCGGCCGCGCCCGACGCCGCCCCUGAGCCCGUGGCGAAGCCCCCCGAACCCAGCAGGAGCGGCGCGCCCUCGUCCGACGCCGACACGGGCGCGGCGGCCGCUCACGACGGCCCUGCGUCCGACGCCGACACGGGCGCGGCCCCCGCCCACGAUGGCCCUGCGUCCCAGGCUGAGCCAGAGGCUGCCCCGCCGGGCGAGAGCCCCCCCAGCCCUGCCGCGACAUGA